AUGCACUAUGUGUCUAGGACAAGGGCAAUUCAGUUGUUAAGUUUUGUUAGAGCCUUUCAAGAUAUUAAUCCUUUCCUUCAAAAUAAAUUUGAGUACACGCACUUUAAUCAUACACAUGAUACACUUAUGUCAAAUCUAACAGAAAGCGCACUUGUCAAUCUGCAUAAAUGCAAAAAUCAAGGUGUCUCUCAAGUGAAUUAUUGUAAAAGCAUAGCUAUUAGCAAAAAAUCCACAGUGUACCUUGUACUCUACACUGUGCGGUGUAGAGUCCAACCCCCCUAUGCUACAGGCUUGUAA